GUUCUUACAGUAGUUUUCGAUAGAGGGCGUGAAUGUCGUUUGGGAAUCGGCUUGGUUUUUGCAUGGUUACGGAGAAAUAUCGGCGGAUUUGACAUUCGUGCGGGGAGCCCCGUGAAGUGCAAACGUGUUGGGACUUACAGCGACGUAAAUGUAAGUUAUGACAAUCAAUUUCUACAUUAUUGGUGCCACAAUAACGCAUUUGACAAUUAUGUCGUUGUGUCAACAAAACUGCAAUUGAAAAUCUUGUUAUAUAUGACAUAAUUGCCAAAUACGUUCUUGUUCUGACAAGUUCAUAAUAUUUGUAUACUUAGCAUAGCUAAUAUUACGUUACAAAAAUAUGCACAUAUUUUAGUAGAUAGAAAACAAGUAACAUUAUGUAUUUUUAAUAUUCAUAUACAUAUUAGGUACGUUUAUAAUAAAAUUAUUUCUUUCAAAAAGUUAGGUCCACAUUAAUUCAUAAUUUGAAAUAGGUAUGUACCUAUCUUUUAUCUAAAUUUUAUCCUUGUUGUAAACGUAUUAUUAUAAUAAUGACUAGGUAUUAGUUUAAUAAUGGUUCAAUUAGAGUAUAAUUUAAGGUAUUGUUUUAGGUCAUAGACGCAAACAUGUCAAGGUCAAAAAGAAUAGAGCAGAUUGUAAAGUUGGGUCAGGAAGGACAAGUACCUUUACCAUUUUCGUAUAACGUAAUUAGUGAAUUACCAUCAAUGGAUGAACCUGCGGAUUUAAAAGCUGAAAAAGAAGGUGAACUCGGAAGUCUAAAACGGAAACGUUCUUCUUCGUCGACGUCUUCUUCUUCAUCGUUGUCGUCUUACAGUAGUAGUUCAUCAUCAACUUCAACAUCUUCGAGUUUACAUGAUACAUCGUCAAAAGAAGCAAUAACAGAAAUACCAGCCACCUCUGUCGAUACGUUGAGAAGAGCUAAAGACAGUGACUACAAAGCUAUAGGCAUGACAUUACCAAUAGUAUUAAAUGUAGACAACAAUAAUCAAUUUGAGAACCAAAACAAUAUUGAAGAUGACGUUAUACGUGAUAAUAUAAGCUCACCUUCUCUGCUGGAUAGCGUUGAUAAGUUACAUGCACCUCAUGGAGAGAAACCAGUUGCUUCGCCACUUAUGGACUUGUAUAACCUUAUCAAUACCACGUCCUCUGCGGACAAAGAAAACAAUCCUCCUAAUUCCGAAGAUGAGCAUUAUGCUGAUAUCGACUUUUCGCCAGAUGAUAGUACCGACGAAUGUCAGCCACCUCAACGACGUCAUAUUAGAAAUAUUAGUUUUUCACCGAUUUCCAAUACGUCUUCUUCUACUGUAGGAUUUAAUUCAGAAAUAAGACAUUCGCUAACACCAAAGAAGGGUAAAAAGCGUAUUAGGAAUCCACAGAAAUGGAAAAAAAAUAUAUCAAAAGAACUCAAAAACUCAGGGAAAGAGUACGUUUCUCGCACUGGAAAAAAGAUUGAUGCUAAAGUAAUGAUACCACCAUGCAAUUGUAGAUUACAGUGCAGAAACCAAUUUUCAGAGGAUCAAAGAAGACAGAUAUUUGAAAGUUACUGGAACUUGGCUUCUAUUCAACGACAAAGAGAUUUUUUGUGCUCGUGUAUCGAACCUUUGAAUAUUUUGUGCCGUCGUAUUAAGAACGUUGAAAAACCUAGAACACCUAAUUGCUCAUUUUCAUUUUUAAAUAACGGCCGUAGUUUUAAAAUUUGUAAAACAUUCCUAUUGAAUACUCUAGGAAUUUCUGAAAGGACUCUACGAACAGUAAUUGAGGCAAAAAAAUAUAAUUCAGGCAUGGCUCCAAAAGACAAUAGAGGUAAACAUGGCCAUCACAAAAAAACACCUAAAAGUACCUAAUUUAUACAUUUAGGUGUCGAUUUAAGUCUUAUUUUAAUUUAAAUGUUAUUUUAAGCAAUACGUAAAUCACAUUAAUUAUUAUUAGAGUAAUAGAUGAGUGAUUACGUCAAUUUAAUUCAUAGUACGAGUAUUUAACUAUUUUGUUUCUUUUAAAGAUUUACAGUAUCGUUUUAAUUAAGACCAUGACCGAUGUUGUUUCAUAUGUAGGGUUUGUUAUUUUUAUAGAUUUAAUUCUAUUAUUUGAUGCUAUUCUUUUAUAUGCGCAAAUAAAAACUAUAUUG